UGUCCAGUCACUAAAGCAGAAAACAGUACUUCCCUCAUGUUCAAAACCCCCUUUUUCCACUACUGCAGUCAUAAGAGCUGUUUCCAUUUCCCUGCAUUUGCUCAGCUACAUCACAGCUUGCCCUGCUCUGAGCAUGAGGUUGGACUGCUGCCUUUAGCAUCUGAUAGAAAGAAAACUGAAGGAGAAAUCGGGAGAACAUCCACUGGGAGAAGCCAGAUCCAGACUUCAAAACAUUUUCCCUAAAAAAGUGCUGCAAAUCCUGGGUUUUUUUCUACCAUGAUAUGGAAAACUUACCAAAAGUACUUCAUGUAGGAAUCUGUGAUCUAACAACUGUAAGAAUACUGGAGGAUCCAAGAGAAUUUUUUACAAGCUAAAGAAACUGAGGUUUUUCUUGGGGAAAAGAUCACAGGGGAGGUGGAUCACUCCCCUCACUGAACAUCUUUCAUCCAGAAAGUGCACAGCUCAGGGCAACAUGUAGGCAGUGCCUCCACUAACUUAAAAGGCAGAGAAGAUCCAGUAAAUAAGCACUGGAGCACAGAUUUUGAUAAAAAGAAACAGUGAAAUGCAAAACUGUGAGCUUAUAGACCUCAGGAGUUUGAGAGAUUCAUUACUCCUUUUGCUCAUAUCUGGUUAUAACAACCAACAUGUUGUUACUGUAUUCCUGGAGUUUUGGAAGUGGAGGAAAAUGAUUCCAAUUUAGUGGUCAAUGAAUGAGCAGUGGGAAUAGACUGCUCCUCUGCCAGCUCUGUCCCACCUGCACAGGCCAUGACCAGCUCUCUCCAAGCUGAGUGUCCCUCUGCAUUUACCUUCCAGGGGAGCAAGAGCCCUUCACUGAAAUCCUCCCACGAUGCUGGGGCUGCUGCUGCUGCAGGUGUUGGCCAGCUGCCUCUGGCUGAAACACAGCAAGGUGGUGACAUCCUUUGCAAGUCCUCAGUUUUUCUACAACAAUGCUACUCCAAGUAAUGCCCUGCUGGCACAGAACCCAGCCUGGAUCUGCCAGCACUACAAGAACCAGUAUAACUUUGCCACCCUGUACGACAGGAAGAUGCAUACUCCUCUCUACUCUGCUUGCAUCUACCAGCCUGGACCUGGAAGCAGAUCUAAAUCGUGGUUUGUUGAGCCCCAGCUGAUCAACCCAACUUAUGACAAAGAUAUGGAUACAGAGAGCUCCGUUGAAAAGAAAUACAAGAUCACUCCACAGCAAAUUGGCCAGAGUCAGGCUAUUAACCAAGACUACAACAGGCUCCAGGGUUUGGACCGUGGUCACCUGAGCCCCAGUAGCCACCAAAGUGGCAACAACAGCAAGUGGGCUACCUUCACCCUCACCAACACAGUGCCCCAGCACAGCACACUCAACAAGGGCCAGUGGAAAGAUUACGAGAAUCAAACGAUGGCUCUGAAAACCCAGGGCUGUAAAAUCACCUUCGUGAACGGUGCUGUGCCUGGGAACAACUACAGCUCCAAUAAGAGGGUUAAUGUGCCCAGCCACAUCUGGUCAGCUGCCUGCUGCCAGACCAGCACCAGGAUGAACACUUGGGCAGUCAUUGCUGAAAACAACAAGAAUCAGGUCCAGAACCUCACACUGGCACAACUGGAGACACACUUGUCCCAGCUCUACGGGAGGGGACAGGAUUCUCUGUUCCACAGUGCCUGUCCCCGCUAGCAAACCUCAUAUCCUGGGUGGAAAAGGCUCGUGAGAUUUUCCCACAUGUCAUAGGAUCACAGAAUGCUUUGUGGUUUAUGGGACUUUGAAGAUCAUCUUGUUCCAUCCC